GGGUGCCUGAGGGAGGGGCUUACCAGGCUAAAGGCAGAGAAAUUCGCCCGGUCUAGCCAUUUAGAGAUGAAAGUUCCACGCGCACUCAUGGUUAUCUGAAGAAGCAGAAGAGUUUGGGACACUGGCGGAUGCGCGAAGAGAGAAACGCAGCGACUCUGGAAUAAAAAUCACUCAGUUGCACUUUUAAAAAAUAUAUUAUUAACCUGGUUAUUUCUGUUAUUUUACGACGAGCGAGCAGUAAAGCCAAACAGAUCAAAAUGAUGACCAAACCAUUUGGAAAGAGCGGGGAUGUGAGUGAGCUGGUGAGCUCCCUUGGCUGGCUAGAGGAGGAGGAGGACGGCAGCUCUCAGGAUGGAGAGGAAAGCCAUGGCAUGACAGUAGGAAGCCGAAUCCACUCUUGCACAGAACUGGGCAGUGAGGAUAUGGAGGAAGAAGAGGAGGAUGAUGACGACAAUGAUGAGAUUGGACCAAAUGGAGAACAGGCUCCCAAAAGAAGAGGCCCUAAGAAGAAGAAGAUGACCAAAGCAAGACAGGAGAGGUUUCGUGCCCGGCGAGUCAAAGCCAAUGCCAGAGAACGUUCACGUAUGCACGGGCUUAACGAUGCCCUGGAAAAUCUGCGCAGAGUGAUGCCCUGCUACUCCAAGACACAGAAGCUGUCAAAGAUUGAGACUCUACGGCUGGCACGCAACUACAUCUGGGCUCUGUCGGAGUCGCUAGAGAGUGGCCAGUCCCCUGAGAGCCAUGGCUUUGUGGAGAUGAUGUGUAAAGGUCUGUCUCAGCCCACCAGUAACCUUGUAGCCGGCUGCUUGCAGCUGGGACCCAGUCCGAUAAUGCUCAACAAGCCGGACGACAAGUGUGGAGGCCCGAGGGUGGGUGGUGUGGGGGGUCAGGCUGGCCAUCCCCUCAGCUAUCCAUCUCCAGGCCUUCCCAGCCCCCCCUAUGGCUCCCUGGAGGCUUCCCACCUCCUCCAUAUGAAGGGAUUCAAGGGGCCUGUAUAUGACAACCCCUCCCCUAACGAGUGCAGCAGUGGCACCCCCCCAUAUGAAGGGCCCCUCACUCCCCCCCUCAGCAUCACUGGCAGCUAUGCCCUGAAGCGGGAGCCCUCUCCUCGUGAGACAGAGAACUACACACCCCACCCUGGCCACCAUGCCCACUACCUUUCAUCUCAACAUUACCCCACUCCCUCGACCGGCGGCCUACCAGGGGGCCCUCAGGGCCACCCACUUUUUCAAGCUUCACGCUAUGAGCUUCCUCUGGAUGUGGCCUUUGACUCCUUCACUCCCUCUCACCUGCUUGCCUCUCAGAUGGGUAGCAUGUGACCAUGAACUGUUGAGAGGACCAAUAACUGACUGUUGGCCAGGCCAGAAGCACUGCUCUUGAAUGAACCGCUGUAAAAACAAUGUUGUUGUACUUGUACUCUACUCUGGGAGAGCACUGAAUGCAAAGAGAGACUCACCAUCUCACUCAAUCUACCUGAUACAAACAAACACCCAUAACCUUUAAUAUUUUAUUUAUUAUUUUUGUUUAUGAUAAUGUUAUUUGGAUUCUUCUUAUUUCAGUUGUUACGGAGUGAUUAAAGAUUAUUUUACCAAAUCAGAUAUUCACACUAUAGCAUUACACAGGUUUUUCAAGUGGACAAGAACAUAACACCUUUUUUAGCUCUACAUGUCUGCAUAUGAAACAAAAAGAAUUAGAACAAAAAGCCAUCCAGUCUUAACCUAAAUUGUGCACUGAGGCCUAAAGCCAAUGUCUCCCUGGCCGUAAGAAAAGCAAUACAUUUAUUUAUAUCUGUAUUUAAUAUUUAUUUUUAAACGUCUUAUCUUUUUAUAUUUUUCUCAGCACAAUUUCUGUUUCACUGUCUUUUAGGUUUUGUUGUCAGAAACUAGCAACUGUACUGUAUUUAAUUUAUUUAUUUGAAGUCUUUCAGGUAUUGGUUUAUUAGGUGUCACAUUUGUCAUACUGUACUGUUGUAAAUAUUAUGUUGUUUCGCACUUAAUUGAAUAAAUAUUCUUAUAUUAUAUGCUAUUUCCAUAGUAA